AAUUUUUAGUAGCUCAAAUAACGUGAAACUGAUAACAUCCUAAAAUAAAGAAACUAGUGAAACGAUUUUAAAACUAAACUUAUAUAUUUUUAAAAAUAUAUAUAAUAAAAAUAAUAAAUAAUUCCAAUUAAAAUUUUAAAAACUAAUACUAAAUAUUUAACAGGAUCUUUCUAACAAACAAAAAAACUAAAUAAAAAUUAGUUAAAAUGAAACGUUUUUCUUGCUGUUUAAACCUACGUAAUCUGGGUUUUAGUAUAGCUGCUCUAGAUAUUUUACUUUCUUUGACCGUUUUGAUAUUAUGCAGUUAUUAUCUGUAUAGAGAUUAUUUUAAUUUAACAAAUUGGGCCGUUGCAUCCUAUGAAAAUGUGAAAAUUAUUGAUCCUUUGAGUAAUAUGCUGUCAUCGGUUGUUGAUUAUGUUUUGCUGCAUAAUUUCCCAGAUGCAUUUUAUGUUGUCAUGUCUAUAAUUUUGUGGAUUAAAUCGUUGAUUAAUUUCAUACUAGCUUCGCUACUGAUCGAUGGUAUUAGAAAGAAGCGCACCAUUUGCAUAGCACCAUGGCUAAUUAACACUAUCAUUUCGGUAUUGGUAGAAGUAACCACAUAUAUAUUUAUGGAAAUGAAGUAUAAUGAAAUCGAUGCGGCCACAGACAAACGUAUAGUACGCAGCAUUUUAUUUGGCAUAUUUAUCAUGUUCAAUGCAAUGUUCACUUUUGCCAUUUAUUGGUUGUGUAAAUUUUUAAAACUACAACGACAAGAAAACCAAGUCUUACAGGAUAGUAUUGUGGAGGCCUCGGGAAUGUUUCAACAUGUUAAGGUUUAAGGCAAAUAAAAACAACAAACACACUAUAUGGGAUUUAAUUUAUAUUCAAAAUGAGACUUAAUUUUUAAUCUUUUUUUAGAAAACAGAAAAUUUUUGUUAGAAAAACUUACCUCAAAUACCACAACAAAACCUAAACGACAAGCCAAAAUUAUAUAAAAAGUACUACUUAAAUAAUAUUUAUUCGGUGAGGUAGGUGGUUCACGAAAAUCUGUAUAUCUGCAAAUAUAACAAAAACAGAAUAAUUCAAAUAAGAAAAAUCAAUAAAAUGUAUAAAUAAAAUUACUUACUUGCAAGAG